AUGGCGAACAACGCCGGACCAUGCAGCAGCAAGAGGCAUCUUCUGGCUAGAAUAUCAUCGUCGAUACUGAGGUACGGAGGACCGGUCUGGAUUGCAGCGCUGCAGACACAGCGGAAUCGAGUGAAGCUUAGUAGUACGUUCAGGCUCAUGGCCAUGCGGGUCGCGAGCACGUACAAAACUAUCUCAUCAGUUAUCGCUGAAAUGAUCCCUAUCGGAAUCAUACUAGUGGAAGAUAACGAAUGCUAUAAGCGGAAGGGGAUCAGGGGAAUAAGGAAAACAAUGAGAGUUGACUCGAUGGCCAAAAAGCAGCAUGAUUGGGACUCGUCGGAAAAAGGAAGGUUGACUCACAGAGUCAUACCGGUUCUCUCGACCUGGGUAAAUAGGAGGCAUGGUAAAGUGACCUUCUACCUGACGCAGUUCCUGUCUGGUCAUGGUUGUUUUAAACAGUACCUACAUCGGUUCGAACACACUGUGUCACCCUUUUGUUCGAAGUGUAUAAACGCCGAGGAAAUACCGGAGCAUGUGAUCGUCGUUUGUCCUAGAUUUGACGCCGCGCGAUGGGAGAUACCUUCGCUUAAUGUAGAGAGUGUCGAGACGAGGACACGUGGAAUGCCGUCAGCAGUGCAGUGA